AUGGGUUUCGCUUCCGCUUCUCGUGAAGAUAAGCUGAAAAUGAUGAAGACCAAUAAAACAAGGAAAACAACAAAAAAUCUGAACAGACUAGCUAAAAGAAAGAAGUUGUCGCGAGAGAUUCGCGACGGAAUGGCUGAUAUCAAAAACAGAAAAUCGACUGAGCUUCGUCAAAGAGCGAUAAAUGUAAGAAAUUUGAAUAUUAUCGAAAAAGUUAUUCAAUUUUAGAUCGAGGAUGAUUUCGUUGCCGACCGACAGUAUCAUUACGAAGAAGACGAAGAAGAUCUGCCUUUGGAUAUGAUGGACGCGGAUAUUGACUGGGAGAAUAGCGCUUUUGCUAAUGCCAAACGAAGACUUGACAGAAGUGAGCUGAUGUGCUAAGUGUUUCUUCGUAAUGUCACAUGAUUUGUUUUAGAAAGAAACGGAGAUGCGCCAGAGAGCGAUGACGAUGACGACGUUGAAAAGAAGAAAAGAAAGUUCGCCGGGCAGUUAGAAGAAGGCCAAGAAGAGCUUCUGCCGAUUAAACUGAAAGACGGAACAUUAAUUCGACCGACCAGAGAGAAGGAAUCGAAAAAAGAGCAAGAAGCAUCAGAGAAUGAUGAGAUGGAAGAAGGCGAAGAAGAUGAGCCCCACAGAGAGGACUUUUCACACUUGUCCGCCUCAGAACUCCUCGCAAAGCGGAGAGAAUUGCUCCAGGAGUUCAAAAACAUCAUUGCUUCGCACUGCAAUAUGUUGUUAGCAAAUCCUCAAACAAAUGUAAACCUCUGCGCUCUUUUUCAUUCAAGUUUUCUGUAUUCCAGAUUGUUCGUCUCCGCGAUCUCUACAAUUUAUGUAACGGUGAGAAGAUUCAUUCGCUGGUCCGAGAACAAGUGCAGAAAUUGGCAAUGGCCAGUACCCUUCAGGUAGUUUUAAAGAACUUCCUACAUAACUUCUAACUAUUAAUUAUAGGUUCUUCUGGACAUUGUUCCCGGUUAUGCGAUUCGCGAACAAACUGCCGAAGAAAAAGCUCAGAAACAAAAGAAAGAAACGAGAAAUCUUGUGAAUUUCGAAGAAUCUUUGUUGAGAUAUCAUCUCAAGUAUCUUCAGCUUUGCGAAAAGCUCUCAAAUAGUAUAAACUGGUUGCAAUCAUGAAAAUUCAAAUAUUCCUGUUAAGAGUUGGUUGGAAAAGACAGGCACAACGACGAGAAUACGUUCACGUUCAAAAUGGGAAUUCUGUCCGUCAAAGUAGGAAUUUUCAUGUAAAUACUAAUUAUCAUUCCGUUCAGGCUCUUGCCAGAAUUGUCGUUUCGGCUCCCCAUUUCAACUAUUCCACCAAUAUUAUUUCAAGUCUCGUUCGAUUGUCACUCGCCAAAAAUGAUACUGUCAUUAAAGAAGUUUGCGACGCCAUCCGAACUGUUUUCACGGAGGAUAUUCAUUUGAGAGUAUAGAUUCUGUAUUCAGCUAUCAAAAAAUUAGCAAAUAUUCAGAUGACAUUGUUCACUGCCCGUUCAAUUUCCACGCUAGUGACGAAGCGAAAGGGCAGAGUGCCUCCAGAACUUCUGAAGACUCUUCUGGCGAUGAAUAUCACAGAAGUGAAGAACGAGGAUAAGAAAUCUGGAAAAGAUGCUCUCGUUGCUAAAAAGUACCAGCUGAAAAAGGAGCGAGCGAGUAAAACGGCGAAGAAAUACAAGAAGCAGCUGCAGAGACUCGAAGCCGAUCUUCUCGAAGUGGAAGCGGAAGAGUCGUUGACCAAGAAGUUGAAGAAUGCGACGGAGGCGAUGAAAUUCGCAUUCCAAACCUACUUUUCUAUUUUGAAGCGCAUGCCGACCUCCGCUCUUCUAGAGCCCGUGCUCGAGGGGCUCAGCAAGUUCGCGCAUCUUCUCAGCAUCGAAUUCUACGAGGAUAUCGUCUCGACGAUGGAGAAUAUGGUUCAGAAUGAAAACCUGAAACCCCUCGACCAAUUGCACUGCAUCAACACGGUCUUCGUGAUUCUCUCUGGAGACGGACAGCUUCUGAACAUUGACCCGUCCAAGUUCUAUCGACUCGCAUAUCGAGUGCUCAACCAUCUUCCGUUUGAAAAAAGACCGGAACACAGGAAGAAUCAAAUUGUUAUGGCGUCAAAGACGUUGGAUACAAUGCUGGUGUUGAGAAGAAAGGCGGUCCCGCUCUCGAGAGUGGCUGCUUUCGUCAAGAGACUUCUCUCCAUCGCCACAGUUCUGGACGACUUCCUAUCUCUCUGUAUCGUCUCUCUGGUCCGCACACUUUUCAUUGUAAGCCAUUUCCUUCGAUUACCAGCGAGAACUCAAUACAAUUCAGGCUCAUCCCAAACUCUCCUCAAUGAUUGAGGAUGAAGAAGGCGGUGCACCAGGAAUUUAUCGGCAAGACAUUGACGAUCCGGACGUAGCGAACGCCCUUGCCACAGAUGUUCGUGGUGAGCUCUCGAUGCUUGCCAGACGCAGGAAUCAGGAGCUCUCCCGAUUUGCAAACAACAUUCUCUACAAUGUUCCAUCAACCGGAAUCUUCAAGUUGAAUCCGCAACUGACAUCGCUGUAA